AUGAAGGUCCUGCUCGUGUUGCUCCUGGCGCUGGUAGCCACAGCCUCAAGGAACGUCCUGUGGGUGAUCGAGGGGACCUCCUGCGACCUGCCCUGGCAGGCUGCCCUCUUCAAAGGCGAGAAGUUCAUCUGCGGGGGGACGUUGGUGGACAAGAACUGGGUGCUGACGGCUGCCCACUGCCACGUCCCGGGCUUGAUCAGCGUGCGGCUGGGAGGCCGAAGCCAUAAGGACUCAGGUGACACCAAGCAGCAGCGAUACUCGGCCAAGGUCUUCAGGUAUCCGCUCUACAAUGAGACCAACAAGGACGGUGACCUGAUGCUCAUCAAGUUCCUCCUGCCCAUCCACAUCACCAAGCAAGUGAAGCCGUUGCCGCUGGCCUCCCACUGCCCCGUGCCCGGCAAGACCUGCCAGAUCUCAGGCUGGGGGUCCACCACCAGCCCUGAAGUCACCUUCCCUGAGGACCUCCACUGCACCAAGGUCACCAUUGUCUCCGAGGAGCAGUGCCGGCGCAUCUACCCUGACUCCAUCACCUCCAACAUGGUGUGCGCGGGCGAGUCCCGCAGCCGGGCUGACUCCUGCCAGGGUGACUCCGGUGGACCCCUCAUGUGCGACGGGCGACUCCAGGGUAUCGUGUCUUGGGGUCCGGGCAUCUGCGGGGACCCCAAAAAACCUGGCGUCUACGUCAACCUCUGCAAAUACACCCGGUGGCUCCAGGACACCAUGAGAAGGAAUUGA